AUGUGGAACUCGCGUAAAGUCGGAAUCCUCGGAGGCGGCCAGCUGGGCCGUAUGCUCGUCGAGUCCGCCAACCGACUGAACAUCCAGGCCAAUGUCUUAGAUGCGGAGAAUGCCCCGGCUAAGCAGAUUAGCGCUCACACCGGCCAUGUGACGGGCUCGUUCAAGGAGCGUGAGGCGGUGCGCGAACUUGCAAAGGGCUGCGAUGUCGUGACUGCUGAGAUUGAGCAUGUGGAUACCUAUGCGCUUGAGGAGAUUGCCUCGGAGGUCCGGAUCGAACCCAGCUGGGAGGCUAUCCGGACGAUUCAGAACAAGUUCAACCAGAAGGAGCACCUUCGCAAGUAUGGCAUUCCGAUGGCAGAGCACCGGGAGUUGGCCAAGAACACUCCGGAGGAACUUGCGGCGGUUGGAGAGCAGCUUGGGUUUCCUCUGAUGUUGAAGUCGAAGACUAUGGCCUAUGAUGGACGUGGGAACUAUCGUGUGAACUCGAAAGAUGACAUCCCCGAAGCAUUGGAAGCACUCAAGGACCGACCUUUGUAUGCGGAGAAAUGGGCUUAUUUCAAGAUGGAACUUGCUGUCAUGGUUGUGAAGACCAAGGAUGAGGUCCUGUCGUACCCCACCGUCGAAACCGUUCAAGAAGACUCGAUAUGCAAGCUCGUCUACGCCCCCGCACGAAACGUCUCGAACGCAAUCAACCAGAAGGCCCAGGAACUCGCCCGCAAGGCCGUCUCCGCCUUCGAGGGCAAGGGUGUCUUCGGUGUCGAGAUGUUCCUGCUCGAAGACGACAGCCUCCUUCUCUGCGAAAUCGCCAGUCGCAUCCACAAUUCCGGCCACUACACCAUCGAGGGCUGCCCCUUGUCCCAAUUUGAUACCCACAUUCGUGCCAUCCUCGACCUCUCCAUCCCCCCUCAAAGCCUCGAAAUCCGCCAACCCUCCAUCAUGCUUAACAUCAUCGGCGGCGCUGAACCAGACACCCACCUCAAGGCCGCAGAGCAUGCACUCUCCAUCCCCAACGCCAGCAUCCACCUAUACAGCAAGGGCGCUGCAAAACCGGGCCGCAAGAUGGGCCACAUCACCGUGACCGCUGCCACGAUGCACGAGGCCGAGACGCACAUCCAGCCGCUCAUCGACGUCGUUGACGACAUCCGCGCGCAGCGCACCGACGUCAAGACCAAAGCCCAGCCAUCGGGCCCCUCGAAGCCUGCCCCCUCCGUUGCUGUCAUGAUGGGCUCGGAUAGUGACCUAAAGACUCUCGUGCCGGGUCUUAAGCUGCUCCGAGACUACUUCGGUAUCGAACCUGCUGUCGAUAUCACCUCUGCCCACCGCACCCCGACUUACAUGGCCGAGUACUCUGCCGACGCUGCCGCACGGGGUAUCAAGGUCAUCAUCGCCGCUGCCGGUGGUGCCGCUCACCUGCCGGGUAUGGCAGCUGCCCACACUGCCCUCCCUGUGAUCGGUGUCCCGGUUAAGGGUAGCUCGCUCGACGGAGUUGACAGCUUGUACAGCAUCGUCCAAAUGCCCAGAGGCGUCCCCGUCGCAACCGUCGGAAUCAACAACAGCAUCAACGCUGCUCUUCUGGCAGCGCGCAUCCUGGGCUCGUUCGAGCCGACUAUCCAGCGCAAGGUCGAGGCAUACGCGGAGAAGGCGCGGGCUGAGAACAUGGAGCAGAAGGGUGUCAGGAUGCAAGAGCUUGGGUGGGAGAAGUACUUUGAGUCUAUGUAA